AUGUCCCUCUCCCCACAACCCCCCAGUCCACGCUCAGACUACGACGACGACACCACCUACGAACCCUCAUCCCCAGAAACCCACCACCCAUCACCAUCACCAUCACCAUCACCAUCACCAUCACCACCGCCCUCUUCAUCCCCAGACGAACCAACCUGCGAAUUCACCAACCCCUGCACCACUUCCUCAUCCACCACCACAACCUCCUCCCCCAACACCCGCAAAGUCAUCUCGCACAUCUUUGGCCGCAACAAAACCGCGACCAAGCUCUUCCCCUCCCACAUCUGGGUGCACUACUGUCGCAAGCAUUACCAGCGCGCACGGUACCGCUCCGCGCAGUGGCCGUUUACGCAGUGCGAGCUGUUGAUGGAUUCAUUGGGUAGAAUGGAGGUUUGGGGCGGGGUGGAGUGUUUCGAGGUCGUACUUAGGAGGAGGGAGAUUAUGAGGGGCGAGGAGGGGGUUGGUUUGGAUGGUGAUGAAGCGAUGCAGACGCCCUCGCCUACACCUACGCCUACAUCUUCACCAGACGAGCAUGAACACGAACACGAAAACGCCCAUACCGACUCAGACUCAGACUCAGACUCAGAAGCAGAAGCAGAAUCCUCAGAAACCGAUGAAUCACCAACACCCCCCAAACGCAAAAAACCAACCAUAACGCCCUCCCCCGUCCCCGCGUGGCUGCGCGCAAAAGUUGGCCCCAACAAAUCCUUCAACGACAUCCGGGCCAUCAUCCACCGUAUCCGGGGCGGUAUGGAAUAUCAGAAGAAGCGGGGCGAUGAUAAAGCCGACAUUCGGUUCCCGGAUAUUGAGAUUCUGCCGACGUUUCGGGAUUGGGUUGUUGGGGAGGUGGAGGGGGUGAGGUUGAAGGCGAGACGGGGGGAGAUGGUGAGGAUUGAGGAGGUUAAGAAGGGGAAGGGGAAGAAGAGGGUUUCGAGGGUUAGUAGGAGGGGCGCUGUGCAGAAGAUUGGAUAG